AUGUCCAUAACUGAUGAGAAGAAGUUCUGCGUACAUGCUCCAUUAGGAGCACUAGAAGAGAUCUCACCAUGGCUAUCGCUGAAAACCUGGAUGUCCAGAGGAGUCACUCGAAUUCAAGACCUGUGCUAUAGUUCGGGAAUAAUACCCUUCCUUGACUUACAGCAGCAGUUCCAACUACCUAACUCGCUCAUCUUUACAUAUUUGCAACUAAAGAGCAUGAUCCUUACUAAAGUGUCUACAACACCAAACCUUAAGACCACACCCAGUAACCCACUAAAGACACUGAUUGAGAGAUGCCACUCUGCCCCUACCAAACCUAAAGCCUUGUCCCUGUGCUACAAAACACUAUCAGAUCAAGCUCCACCCCGCACAUUUAAGUACGUAAUGCAAUGGGAAAAGGAGAAUAUGCCCAGGCUCUCAGAUGAGCAAUGGCUCCAAUCCCUCUCAGCGCUCUGA